AUGUCGUUCAUGAAAACGCCCAAUCCGCAGCACCUCCUGCCCCUGCCAGAUCGCCGCCUCGUGGGCUCGGUCAACAGAUGGCGCUUCCUCAAAGAGCCACCACUCUCGGGGGACCUGCUGGGCCUGUCACAGGCCCGCAAGGCUCUGAGUGUCGACCUGGACGACGUCUUGAAGAACCCAGACAAGUUGUGCUUCUCCCAAAUUGAGAAGAUGUUCUCUGACGAUCCGAAGACCAAGUUUACUCCGAGUAGGGGGUCAGAUGUGGUUCUCGAGUGCCUGGGCUCGCAGUGGGAGCUGGGUGCGAGUCAGCUGGUGCAGUCGGCGACCCUGGCCAGGCUCUACCUGGCGGCCCUGGCCCGCAGCUCGGCGGACCCCACCACGGAGCUGGAGAAACUUUUGCAAGAGCAGUCAGCCAUGAGAAAGAGAGACACGCCCAUGGAGAAGAAGAAGAUCAUCAUCUCCUUGAAGAUCAACGACCCUUUGGUCACCAGAGUCGCCUUCGCCACGGCCCUGAAGCACCUGUACGUCAACGACCUAGAGGUGACCAUGGACGAGAUGCUGGGCGUGAUGGCCUCGGCCCACGUCCUCUGCCUGGGGAGGCUGUUCCAGAGGUGUGUCUCCUUGAUGAUCAGUGAGCUCAUGCCAAGUACCAUCAAGAACUUCUACCAGGCCGGUUGUAAGUACAAGGCCGAAGAGCUGGUGACGGCCUGCGAGAAGUGGCUGGAAAUGAACUUGGUUCCUCUGGUGGCCACGGAGAUCCACCUCCGGUCCAUCCCUCAGGAGCUGCUCUUCAAGGUGCUGAAGUCCCCCAGGUUGUUCACAUUCAGCGAAUUCCACCUGCUGAAAGCAGUGCUCUUGUGGGUCUACCUGCAGUUCAACCACAGAAUCCAAACUCUUCCGGGCCAUGAAAACGUGCUGGCGUUUUUUCACAGCUUCCCCAAGAAGAGCGCCUUCCUGGACGGGACCCUGGGCCAGUGCCUGCUGCCUCUCUGCCUCUGCCUGCGCCUGCAUGGAGUCACCAGCGGCCGGGACCUGGAGGAGCUGAAGUACAUGAACUUCUUCCCCGAGUCCUGGAUGGUGCGGGUGAUGGCCAACCAUUACCGCGCACUGGAGAGUGGGGGGGACAUGGCCCACGUGAAGGAUCUCGCCACUCAGGCCGUGAGGUUCGGGCUGCUCUUCGACCAGGAACACACCACGCACUGCCGCACCGUCGCCCUCUACGGCUUCUUCUUCCAGAUCAAGGGCACCAAGCACAACCCCACCUCGUACAGCUUCAGCAUGCAGAGAAUGAAGCACACUGACACGAAGCUGGGCGUCACCUGCGACCUGAGCCCCGUCAGCCUGCGGAGGGAGCGCUUGGUCAGGUACCGGAUCAGCGCCCAGACGCUGAUCGACGGGGUAUGGCAGGAGUUCCGGACCAACGAGAUCACCCAGAAGUUCGGCUUCUUCAUGCCGUCCUGCAAAAGCCACAUCCUGAGAGUCCAGACGGUGGGCUUCCCCAUCUACGCCAGCUUCUCACUCAUCUUCCCAAUCUCCUGAGCUUCCAGAAGAAUCUAUGGGGUGCCCCCCCCGCCACCAG